UCCAGCCCUGUGAGAUCCUGCGCCCUGGGGGUAGAAAUUGAGCGCAUUGCUGUGAGAUUCCCUCUUAAAAGUGCAUUUAAUGUGUUGUCAGGAACACUCUGGGGCAGCCAGUUCUGUAUGAGAAGAGCCACUGGAGCUUUAUACCCAGGUUGGAGGCCAUGUUUAGAGCAGGAGGAAGACCACCUAUUACUUAUAUAUUUACCUGCUGUUUAUUCUUUGUAGCUGGGUGUAUCUAUAGGUCUCUGUGGACACACCCAUUGGAGAAGUUUUCUCCUCCUGCCCCCAAAGGAAAUAUUUGGCAUCAAAGCAAUAAGGUUUCUUCUACAGCACUGGAACAAGAACUCCAGACCCUGAUGAAGGUGAUUGAGUGGCCUGAGCCUCCAGGUCCCACAGAUUAUGAAUUCUCCACCAGUCCAAAUACCACAGAGUUCCACAUGCUGUUCCCACGUGCCACGUAUUAUGUUGGAGAAUAUGUAGAAGUUCUCAUCAUAGCGCGGGACCACAAAGGCCGACCAAAAGCCUAUGGAGGGGAUUAUUUUCAGGCCAAACUGCACUCCCCAAUGCUGAAAGCAGGAGUCACCGGCUCAGUCACAGACCAUAGAAACGGCACCUACACGGCCUCCUUCCUACUGCUCUGGCCGGGGCAAGUGGAGAUCUCCAUAACACUUGUCCAUUCCACUGAGGCCAUAGCCAUCCUCAAAGACAAGAGGGAGACUCGUCCUGACAAGGUCUACUUCUAUGGAUACUUUCAUGGAACCAGUGAAGUGAUGGAGUGUAACGUGAAGCCCCCAGGAAAAGACGUCUGUGAAUAUCAUGACCCAUAUACAGGAGAAUCUUGGUUCUGCAUGCGCCCAAAGCAAGGUGGCUGCAGUGCUUACAAGGGCCAUGCCGCAGGAGGAAGCCGGGACAUUCUCACUUCAGAAGAAGCUCGAUUCCUAGAUAAGUCUGUGAAGGAGAAACUGAUUUCAUCCAAAGUCGAAUCAUUUAAUGUCUUUUCUCCAACAACCAAUGUAGAUUCUAGGGCUCAUUGUUCUCCUGGCCUUCCCAAUCCAGAUCCCUCAGGGUUCUACUUCCAAGACAUCUGGUAUUCCCGUGUUUGCAAGAACAGGGCUUUCCCUCACCCGGCCAAUGUCACUGAGUGUCUGAGAGGGAAGAUAAUAUAUAUUUUUGGGGACUCAACAACUAAACAGUGGUGGGACUUUCUGUUGAGUUUUGUACCAUCUCUACAGAGACAGGACCUCCACGCACUAUUCCCAGCCCCACAAUUGGCAGUAGACACAAGCCACAAGUUUGCAAUUCAGUGGCAGAUGCACGAGAAGCCUCUGUACAUAAUGUAUAGCGAUAAACAAAAUGUCCAUUAUGUUGCCAGUGAGCUGGAGAGGAUCGGGGGCAACAAAGAAGGGCUGGUGGUUGUUAUAAACUGCAUGGCCCAUUUUGUCACAUACCCAGUGAAGGUUUAUGCCCAAAGGCUCCUGGGUAUCCGUGAUUCUGUAGUGAAACUAAUGAAACGCAGCCCACUAGCCAAGGUCUUCAUCAAGUCUGGUAACACCGGAUACGUGUACACCCAUGGCAGUGAUUGGCUGUCCCUUCAGCUGGACCUGGUAAUGAGGACCAUGUUCUCCGGACUGCCUGUUACUAUACUGGACUGUUGGCAAAUGACCUCCUGCCAUUACCUACCUCCAGACAUUCACCCUGCACCAGUCAUUGUCAAGAACGAGAUUGACUUACUCAUGUCUUUCAUCUGCCCCACGUGA